UUGGCUGCUCAGAAAAAUCCGGGCAGCCUUACGAGAAGGAGCACAAAGGAGGGACUGUGACUAUCUGAAGCCAAGUGCAUUGUGGACUGACCUGAGUGCAGCCGGACACGUUGAGGUGGACCAGAGUGUGACAUCCACGUCCAGUUGUGAGGCUUUCAUCUCAAAGUUCCAGUCUUCAUUGAGACCAUCUGCCCCAGGUUCAAAAUGCGGCUGACCUUCUUAUUCCUUCUGGUCGCCCUUUUACUUGUGCUACUCCCAUCCACCCAGGCCAAGAAACAGAACAAGGGAAGAGGCCUGAAGGGGGCUAGACACAAGCUCUCACGGGUACGAGGUGCUGGACGUCACAGCAGGUCAGACACAUCCAGACUGGUGGCACCUAAUUGUGCUGAGUCUACAGAAUCUGGGGAGGUUUUCAUUGACUGCCAGGAGAGACACCUCAACACCAUCCCUUCCUCCCAAGCCUGGUCCAAAGAGCCUAAACACCUCCUUCUAGCCCGCAACCGAAUCAAAGUCCUCCGCAACAGGAUCUUCACCGGCUAUGAGGCCCUUACCAGUCUGGACCUGCAGCAGAAUGAGAUCUCCCUGGUGGAGGAGGGAGCCUUCGAGGGGCUGACCCGCCUCACCACACUGUUGCUGCAGCACAACCGCCUGAGCACCCUGAGUGAGGAGAUCAUCAUCCCCAUGCCUAAUCUCCGAUACAUGCGCCUGUACGAUAACCCAUGGAACUGCCAGUGUGCCAUGGACGGUCUCAUACACACACUGCAGGUCCCCAGCAACCGCAACUUGGGAAAUCAUGCCAAGUGUGAGGAACCUGUUUGGCUCAAAGGCAGAAAGUUGAAGCAGUUGGAGGCAGAGCAACUGUGCAAAGAGCUGCCCCCUAAUGACGAAGGCACUCGCCCCUCAACCUCUCCUCUGGAGCCCAGCGGCAUCCGCAUUAAGCCACAUGCCACACAAGUGUGCCACACAUACCUCUUCCCUCAAGUGCGCAUGGACUGUAGAAACAAAGGUCUAACAGAAGUGCCCAUGGGUAUCCCAGAUGAUGUGGUUCACUUAGAUCUUUCCCAUAAUGCCAUCCGUCAUCUCAAAGCGAAAGAAUUCCAGGGUGCAAAAAACCUCAAAAUCCUGAACCUCAGCAACAACAACAUGGAGCAUCUUGAUACAGCUUCCCUGACUGGUUUACUGCACUUGCGUGAGCUGGACCUUUCCAACAACCUCCUUCAUUUUGUCCAGUAUGGGGUUCUGGAAGACUUGUACUUUCUGUCACAGCUGAAGCUUGGAGAAAACCCCUGGGUGUGUGACUAUAGCAUCCACUACAUGGUAUACUGGCUGCGUCUGCACCCGGCAGUCAGGUACUCAGGGCUACUGUGUCGCUCCCCUCCUGAGUACACCGGGGAGAGAGUAGAGGAAUACGUCAACAACUACAACAGAGGAUGUCCCAAAGAGCGGCCGUACAACCGUCCCAGCGCAGAUCAGACUGACCCCGAGCUGUGGAACACCCCUCUGGAGCUGCAGGCAGAACUGGAGGAGGAGCUGGAGCCUAGUCAUCUGAGAGUGCCACAGAAAUAUGAGAUCUUUAGACUGUCCUGAUCACUGUUGAGUGACCUACAAUCUCAAGGCUUACCCUGCUCAUUUUGUUUUCUUACAUCAAUGUAUAAAUGUCUGUAUCAGAUGGACUCUGUAUAUUUUCAUUCAUAAAAAAGAUAAAAUACAA